UCGGACGCCCGGGGGGACGCGGGCCCCGAGGACCCCGCGCUGCCGCAGCUCCCGCAGCUCCCGCGCCGCCCGCAGCUCCUGGACGCGGACCCCGCGGAGGGCGAGGCCCGGGCGGCCGCCGCCGAGGGCGCGGAGCCGCCCCCGGGGGACCCCGCGGCCGCCGCCGCCCCCGCCCCGGAGCCCCCGGAGCCCCCGGAGGCCGAGGCCCGGCUGGGGCCCAAGGCGGCGGCGGCGGCGGCGGCGGCGGGCGGGGUCCCCCCGAUCGGCUUCGAGGCCGAGCCGCCGCCCUACGCGCCCCCGGUGGACCCCAAGGCCGUGGCGCUGCUGUACCCGCCCUUCCCGCAGGUGCCGGUGCUGCUCCAGCCCGCGCCCGCGCCCGCCGCGCUCUUCCCGCCGCCCGGCCCGCUCUUCCCGCCGCCCGCCGCCGCCGCCGGGGCCGCCUUCCCCUUCCCCGCGUACGGCAGCCCCCUGCCCGGCCUGCAGGCCCCCGCCGCGGAGCGCAGGCCGCUGCCCAGGGACUACAUGGCCGAGUCCGUGCUGGUGACCCUGUUCUGCUGCCUGCUCACCGGCCUCGUCGCCAUCGUGUACUCCCACGAGGCCCGCGCCGCCCUGGGCCGGGGGGACCUGGCGCUGGCCGAGGCGGCGUCGCGCAAGGCCCGCGCGCUGGUGCUCUUCAGCCUGCUCUUCGGGGUGUUCGUGUCCACCAGCUGGGUCGUCUAUGUGGUGGUGGCCCUCUACCUCCACUGA